UCUUGUGAAGACGACUUUUCUGUCCAGAAUUUCGGAUUUAUAUUUUGAGUAAUUCUAGCUCCUAAGUUCACCUAGACUCCGUCCUUAAUUCUAACAAGUGGUAUCAGAGCGAUAUUGAGGACAUUAAGAGGAGUCUACAGAAGUUUGAAGACCCUUCUAGACCCACCAUGGCCUGUGGGUGUGCCUAAGUGGUGUUCUAAAGGUUGGAUGUGUCUUCCGCUAAGGGGAAACUCUGCCGAAAUUUCGUGGACGCCGACACUUGUGAAAAUAUCGAGGGAGCUGAGUGUGGACAGCAAAGGGUAGCUGAAAUUCGUCAUUUCUCAAGGAGAAGAUGAAUGAGAGAGGAGGAGAUGCUAAUGGGAGAGGAGCUGUAGCUGAGAAGACAAGUGAGCCGCCGCCAUCAAAAGUUGAAGCUUUGGAUGGCUCCAACUAUGAGGAAUGGAGCGGGCGGAUGAGGAGUGCCUUCAAACGCUACAAGCUACUGAAGAUUGCUGUUGGGGAGGAGAAGAUGCCGGAAGAAGGCGAAGCACGUGAGCGGUGGAUUGAGAAAAGCGCGGUGCUUUUUGACCUCAUCCUUCAAUCGGUCAACAAGGAGAUGUUCGAGCACAUCAAGGAUCUUGUGGAAGCGGAUGAUUCGGGUCCAAGGGCGUGGAAACUACUACGUGAUGUGAUUCAGCCCAACACUCUCCCAAUGGUGAUCGUGCUCGAGAAGGAACUUGCUGCCAUCUCCAUGCGACCAGGGGACAAUGUGAAGCCGGUCCUUGACAAGAUCAAGGACACCUAUGCAAGGAUGGCAGCAGCGGGCAGCAGUGUAUCUCAGCUGCAGCAGUGCACCAAGAUCAUCUCGGUGCACAAGGUGAAGGUGCACAAGGUAACGCCUAUCCUGGGAUGUAUCUCAUGGUUGAGGAUGUGCAUGGGCAUGAGGGUGAUGUGGGAUCUGUGGGAAAGGUUGUGAUGCACCCUCUCACGCACUGGGUGAUUGAUUCGGGUUGCACCAGUCACAUGACUCCACGGGCAGAUUUGCUUGAUGAGGUAAAACCCCCUGGGAAGAUCAAGUAUGUGGCAGCAGCGUCAGGUGCUUUGCUCCCCGUGAUUGGUGUUGGGAAUGCCAAGGUUAAGGGAGCUAAUGGGGAGCUUGUGGGGCUUGGGAAUGUUCUGCUGGUUAAAGGCUUGUCUGCUAACCUUCUCUCUGUGCGGCGACUGCAGAAGAGUAAGGCCGAAGUGACCUUUGGACCAACCAGCUGCCGUGCUAAGCUUGGGAAGAAGGUGCUGUGGAGUCUGGAAGAGGAGACCAGCUGCAUCAAGGACCUGUGGCAGCUGCCCAUCAUCCCUUGGAAUGGGAAGACUCCAACACCAGCAACGGCA